GCCUCCUCCAAACGGGCAUCACCAGGGAAACGGUCCCUGAGCCACAGACUCCACUGACCAGUUUCAUGGCAGCCUCGAAGCAAACAGCUGUGGGGCCGUUAGUGGGAGCAGUGGUCCAGGGCACCAACUCCACUCGCUUUCUAGUUUUCAAUUCCAAAACAUCAGAACUACUUAGCCACCAUCAUGUGGAAUUGACACAAGAGUUUCCAAAAGAAGGAUGGGUGGAGCAAGACCCCAAGGAAAUUCUUCAGUCCGUCUAUGAGUGCAUAGCAAGAACUUGCGAGAAACUUGCUGGGGUGAACAUUGAUAUUUCCAACAUUAAAGCUGUCGGUUUGAGCAACCAGCGGGAAACCACUGUGGUCUGGGACAAGUUCACGGGAGACCCUCUCUACAAUGCUGUGGUGUGGCUUGAUCUCAGAACCCAGUCUACCGUGGAGGCUCUCAGUAAGAAAAUCCCAGGAAACAGCAACUUUGUCAAGUCCAAGACAGGCCUGCCGCUGAGCACUUACUUCAGUGCAGUGAAACUGCGCUGGAUGUUGGACAACCUGAGACCCAUUCAAAAGGCUGUUGAGGAAGGCAGAGCCCUGUUUGGAACCAUCGACUCCUGGCUCAUCUGGAGUAUGACAGGGGGAGUCAAUGGAGGCGUCCAUUGUACAGAUGUAACAAAUGCUAGUAGAACGAUGCUUUUCAACAUCCACUCUUUGGAAUGGGAUAAAGAGCUCUGUGACUUUUUUGAAAUCCCCAUGAACAUUCUCCCAAACGUUUGCAGUUCUUCUGAGAUCUAUGGCCUGAUGACUGCAGGAGCCUUGGAAGGCGUGCCUAUAUCUGGAUGUUUGGGGGACCAAUCCGCUGCAUUACUGGGACAGAUGUGCUUCCAGGAAGGUCAAGCCAAAAACACAUAUGGAACAGGGUGCUUCUUACUAUGCAAUACAGGCCAUAAGUGCGUGUUUUCUGAACAUGGCCUUCUGACCACAGUGGCUUACAAACUAGGCAAAAAUAAGCCAGCAUUUUACGCAUUAGAAGGUUCUGUCGCAAUAGCUGGUGCGGUUAUUCGCUGGCUUAGAGACAAUUUUGAAAUUAUAACGACCUCAGAAGAAAUUGAAAAGCUUGCAAAAGAGGUAGGCACUUCCUAUGGCUGCUACUUCGUCCCAGCCUUUUCAGGGUUAUAUGCUCCUUACUGGGAACCCAGUGCAAGAGGGAUAAUCUGUGGUCUCACUCAGUUCACCAAUAAAUGCCAUAUUGCCUUUGCUGCCUUAGAAGCUGUUUGUUUCCAAACCAGAGAGAUUCUGGAUGCCAUGAACCGCGACUGUGGAAUUCCACUCAGCCAUUUGCAGGUAGAUGGAGGAAUGACCAACAACAAAAUUCUUAUGCAACUACAGGCAGACAUUCUGCGCAUUCCUGUAGUUAAGUCGGUUAUGCCUGAAACAACUGCCCUGGGAGCUGCCAUGGCAGCUGGAGCUGCAGAGGGGGUAGACGUUUGGAGUCUUGAACCUGAGGAUAUUUCUGCAGUCUUGAUGGAACGGUAUGAGCCACAAAUCCAAGCCACAGAAAGUGAAAUUCGUUAUGCAACAUGGAAGAAAGCAGUGAUGAAGUCAAUGGGUUGGGUGACAGCCCAAACCCCUGAAAAUGGUGAAGGGGCUGUCUUCUCCUGUCUGCCCUUGGGCUUUUUUAUAGUGAGUAGCAUAACAUUAUUAAUUGGAGCAAGAUAUGUCUCCAGUUUUGAAGAUUAAUUUCAACCACAGAUUCCUAAGAAAUAACAGCUUUCUAUAGAAUGAAUUCUGUCUUUUAAUGUGAGGUCACUAUUAUAGGUUUAUAUUUUAUUUAUAAACCACUUGCUACAGGACCAAUGAGGCCCUGACAAAUACACCUUAAAAUAAAGGUUUUGAAUAAAGAGAUCACAUUAUAAAAGAA